AUGUCUAUAACUUUCAUUGUCACCAGUGAUAAUCAUCUUGGAUAUUAUGAAAAAAAUUUAACACUGAAAGACGAUUGUUAUAAAUUAUUUGAACAGUACUUAAAAGAGGCAACAAAAGAAGAAGGAGCUAUCUUGCUUCAGUGUGGUAAUUUAUUCAAUGACUUAAGACCUAACAAGUCAUGUGUUUCAAAGACAGCAAAUCUAAUAAAAAAGUAUUGUAUUGGAGAUGCAGAUAUCCCUUAUACAAUAAAAGAUGAAGCUGAAUUGUCAUAUCCAUUAAAUAUAACAGAUCCAUAUAUUAAUGUAAAACAUCCAUUAUUCACAAUUCAUGGAACAAAUGAUGAACCAAGUGGAUAUAAAUUAAUUGCAGGAAGUGAAAUAUUAGCGUCAUGUGGAUUAGUCAAUUAUCUUAUUCCAAAGUCAUUUGAAGAAGAAAAAGUGUUAAAACCGGUUAUUGUAGUUAAUGAGAAUACCAAAAUUGCUUUGUAUGGAUUGUCUGUUUUACAUUCCAGUGAUCUUGAUGGGAUUGUGGAAGACGAAACUUUUCAUAUAAAAAAACCAAAUGGAAAUGGUUGGGUUUGUAUUCUUCUUCUUCACAUUGGUAAAGGAGCUAUAAACCAAACAACAAAGGAUAUUAUAGAAAGACAUUUUAAUAUUAUUAUUUUAGGUGGUCAACAUUCAUGUAAUAUUCCAACAGGAGAGUUUAAAGGUCCAGUCAUUGUUCAACCAGGAAGUCCAUUUUUCUUAUCAUUUGAUGAAUAUGAUGAGAUUGAUAAAGGAUUUGCUAAGAUAGUUGUUGAAAAUCAAAAGAUUUAUAUUGAAAAGAAAGAGUACAAACCGAUUCACCGAAUGAUUAAGAAAGAAGUUUAUGUCCCAGCAAAAUUAAGAGAGUGGGUCAAUUCUAAAGAGAUUGAAGACUUUAUUCAACAAGAAAUGAAAAAAUGUAUUAAGGAUGCUGCUAUUAAAGAGAAUGAACAAAUUCUCUUAAAGCUAAUAGUAAGGGAUUGUAAUCAAGACUGUUAUCCUGACACAAAAAAAAUAAGUUCAUUAUUAGAAGAAGAUGUUGUUAAUUUUACUGAUUGUAUUAAAGUUAAGAAAUGGUACCGUCAAGAAGUUGAAAUAAAAGAAUUUACAAUAGAAGACCUUGUUAAUGAAGAACUUGAUAAAUAUGGAGAUCCAGAAAAAAUUAUUCGAAGAAAAGAAGUUUCUGAUUAUGGUGAUAAAAAUAAAACCGCUUCUUCAGUGCCGCAAUCAAUUGAUUCUUUAGGACUAAUUUCUAAAACACUUAAAGCUAAGAAUAAAACAUUAACCAGCUCAGUCCCUGCUUCAGUUUUAGAAAAUGAACGAAAAGAAGAAGAAAAAAAAGAACGAAGAAAACAAAGGGAACGAGCAAAAAAAGAAAAAGCUGUUAUUGUCAAAGAUGAAGAUUCUAAAAAUCAACCAAUAGAAGAACGUCCUGUUCAAUUGAUUAAUGGAAUAAUAGCUGAAGAGUCAAGUGAAGAAGAAAAUCAACAAAAUCAAAAAAAAAUGAGUUUUGGAGCAUGUACUGUUGAUGAGUUAAAAUUAAUUGCACGAAGGAAAAAGAUCGCUGAAUCAGAUGGUAUUGAGUACCAUGUAAAAUUUAUUGAGACAAUUAAUAAAACUAUUCCUUUAGUUCGUUCUACUGAAGAAAUUAAAUAUGUUGGGGCAUUGAGAGAUAAUGGAGCGAAAAAAAAUAUUGCUGAGAAUUGGUAUCAAAGUCUUUCUGAUCAAAAGAAAACGUUAACAGCAGAAGUAGAGUAUAAGAAACCAAAAUGUCUUCCAAAGCAAUAUAUUAAAGUCAGAACAAUAAGUAAAUAUUCUUAUUUGAAACCACAAUUUGAGCAAAUGAUCAUUUCUAAAACAGAAAAAGAUCCAACAUUAAAAGAUAAAAAUGAAAUUCUUCCAUCAGAAAAAUUGGGUGAUGGAUAUGAACUUUCUGACUCAAUUUUAUUAGAUGGUCCAAUGAUAAUUGAAAUGGUUAGAUUAUUACAAAUUACUCCUGUUGAAGAAUUUAUUCCUGAUGAUCCAAGAGCAAGUAGAGACCAUAGAAAUGAAUUUAGAGAACAACGUAAUCCUCAACCGUUUUAUUCUUCGUCAUUAUCACCUUCUACUCAAAGACCAUUAUUGAUUGAAGUUUAUUCUGCUUAUGACCCAAAAAAUUUAUAUAAUGCAUCUUCAUUUAUCCCUCAACAACAGUACAUUGUUGGAUCAAAUGACUAUAUGAAUUUUAAUAGAAAUCCAUAUUCUUCCCUCACUUCCUAUAAUUGA